CUUAUGUAUGGGAUUAAUAGCAGUUGCUGGACGUGCAUAAAUAAGGGGGCGGAAAUUUAAUACAACCAGUCAGAAAAGUACAUUGUGGUAGAAAACUGAUAUAAACAUCUCGAUAACACAUGUAACCGUUCAUUGGGAAUAAUCACCAUCACCUGAAGUCUAUUCUCACUGUCGUUCCUCUCUCUGUCUUUUUUACAUGUUGCUUCUGAAUCUCUUACAAUUCUGAAUGCCGGUAACUCAUAGGUCCACCUUCCUCUGACUGAAUACCAGAAGCUUUUGCGUGACAGACAUGAAAGAGAACACGAGCAAGUUGUUAAUACUGUAUGCCUCCCAAACUGGCAAUGCAUUGGAUGCAGCAGAGCGUAUUGGCCGUGAAGCAGAGCACAGAGGCUGCACUGUUAAAGUUUUUUCCAUUGAUGAGUUUGAUGCUAGUUUCUUACCUCAUGAGGACACAGUAAUUUUUGUUGUUUCUACAACAGGCCAGGGUGAUCCUCCAGACUCCAUGAAGGUGUUUUGGAGGUUUCUUCUUCAGAGAAAUCUAAGCAGACAUUGGUUAGAAGGAGUUCACUAUGCUGUGUUUGGAUUGGGUGAUUCUAGCUACCAGAAAUAUAAUGUAACACUACUCGUAGUUCUAAAUUAUUGAUCAUUGAACUUUGAC